CCCCAGAUGGCUUGUUUGGAGAUGUUAAUGUUCACUGUCCCUCCUGUCCUGACCCCCGUGGGGCAGCUGCUCUACCUUGGUUUCCCCCCUGUUGGUGUGGCUGUGUGUCCUGGCCUGACCCGGCGCGCCUGGCGUUGGCUCAGAGCCCUCCCAGCAGUGGCUGUGUAUCUCACUCUUCCUUCAGGAGCAGCCCUCACCCUGAGCACACAGUAGGUCCAAGAGGUCUGCUGGAUCAAAAAUGUGGUGCACCAGCUCUCAGGGAAGCUGAGGCAGGAGAAUGACAAGGUCAAGCCCAGCCUGGGCAGCGUCGUGACUUAGCAAGACCUGGUCCCAAGAUAAAGACUAAGAAGGGGCCUGGGGCUGUAGCUCAGGGAAAGGCGCAGGGUUCAAUCCCUAGCAAAAGACAAGGGAAAACUUUACAGGCAGAGAAACUGCUCAAAUUGAUAAGAAAUGGAGUGUUUGGCUCCUGAGAGACAGGCAGUGUGUUUCACUGCUGGUCAGGCAGUGGGAAGGCCUGGAAUGGUGUUAAAGACUCUGCUGUCCCCUUAGUUGGGACUUAUGGGCUCUGCCUGGGGUGCUGGGAAGGUCUGAUAUCUACACUAAUUCCCAGUUAGACCCAAGUUAUUGUGAAGCCGGCACCAUCCCUGCUGCAGGUCCAUAGAUGAUGGGGAACAUUGGCUUCUGGCCCUGGUCCAGCAUUGACCAUAAGCCUCUUUUUCCAUUGUCUAUGUGGUUUGCCAAACCAGAGUUGGAACAUACUUGCUGAGCCUGAAGUUGGGGGAGGGACUCCAGAAGUUGGGUCUUGAAGGAUAUAAUAGAAGUUUUCCAGCUUUGGGGCAGCCCUGAGGUGGAAGGUGUCAAGGCAAUGGAGACAGCAGAAUAUGGCUCCCCUUGAAGAAAUGACUCCUAGAGAGAGAGAGGCCCUGGCCUGAUACCCAGCUUCACGCUUGGAUGUCCCUCAUCCUGGUGCUGUCAGCCAUGGCAAACGGAAAAGUACGGCGUUGCGACAUGAUGUGAGUCAGCCAUCCCUGACCCUGGCGCCCACCCCGGGGAGACGCUGGGAAGUGACGUAGGUUGGCAGUGGGGGGUCAGUGGACGCUAGAGAUGCGGUCACUGUUGACCCUGAGUGGGGGGAGAAAGUGUCCCCAGAGCCGCACCCAAGCCUCGUCCUGCCCCCGUGGGUCCUGACUUGGGCUGGGCUCUGCAGAGUCACAGCCCCUGUGACUCGGACAUUGGAGCUUCUGUGCGCUCUGCGACCUGGGUCCACCUGUCUAAGCCCCUGUGGGCCUUGGCUGGAGCCCCUCCAUCCCAAAAUAGCAGCUUCUUCCAGGUGGCCCUGGUCCCCUGGUCCCCACCUAGCUGGCUUCAGGAUUGCUGCUGCCCUUCUGAACUGGAACAGAGGCUCAUUAAGCUGUCCAGGCCGGGUCAAGUUUGAGAUCCUCCUGCCUCAGUCUCCCCGAGUGCAGGGAUUGUGAGUAUGCACCACCGAGCAUGGCUGCCAGCCCAGGUCCCUGCUGGGGGACUCAGCUUCUCAGCCUCCCGCGGUCCUCUCUCUCUUUGCCCUGGGCAGGGACACAGGAAGUGAAUCACCCAUGCCCACAGGGGCCUGCGCUGACCUACACUGCUGGGUUUAUUUUGUUUAUUCCUCCAAGUUAGCUGUUUAUUAACUCUGCCCACGGGAUCCCUUCUGACCUUGGGGUUUCAAGACUGUGGAGCAGAGCAGGGUUGUUAAUGAAUCUCAGGAGUUGGCCACUGUUUUUAUUUAUUUAUUUAUUUAUUUUUUGGUACUGAGGAUCGAACUCAUGACCUUGUGCUUGCCAGGGGAGCGCUUAAGCCCAGCUGAUUUUCUUUCUUGAGCCUGGGCCCCACAGCACUGUCUAGGCCUGGCCUUGACCUUGCAGCGUGGGUGGGGGUUCUCUUGUUCUGUUUUGGUUCUUUCUUUUUUUCUUUCUUUCUUUCUUUUUUUAAAUUUUUUGAGACAGGGUCUUGCUAUGCAGUUCAGGCUGGCCUUGAAGUCACUUUGUAGCCCAGGCUGGUCUCCAAUACGUAAUAAUCCUCCUGCCUCAGCCUCCCGAGUGCUAGGAUUACAGGUGCGCACCACCAUGUUCUGUGGCUUCGUCUUUUUGUCACUGUGGCAAAGUACACGGAUCCUGAAGGACGCUGCUUGGACCCUGUCAGCUGCGCCCGUCCUCACCAGGCUGGAAAUGUGCUCUUUGCUCUGCGCUGGCACCUCCUCUGUGGCCACAUCUGUUCCACCCUCCCCCAGCAGAAGCAUCCAGCCUCAGUCCCCAGCGGUUCUGCUUUCUGUCUCCCCACAUUGACUGCUGGAGGUCCUGGUGUGCGGCUGUUUUCUGUUGCUAAUAACACAGGACCGCAGGCCGUGCCAGCCAAAACAGGGUUAUCCUCAAGCCAGGUGUGGUGGCACCCGACUGUCAUCCCAGCACACAGGAGGCUUCAAGGCCAGCCUGGAUUACACCGUGAGACCCUUAAAAAAGUCUCCAGACAUUUUCCCCUGGGGGCAAAUUGAGACCCCUUGAUUAGGAGCCAGGAAAGGUCCCCUGAGGAAAGGAUGUCACGCUGACCUCGGGAAGAAGGAGGAGAACCCCUUCCACAGAGGCUCAGGAGGGGUGGGGAGGGGUGUUGUCCUCGGCCUUCAGUCACUGAGACCGGUGUCCACCAGUGUCUCCAUAAGACAGACCUGAGACCUUGGGCAAGGCCUGCCUGGCUUUAUGUCUUGAUUUCUUUGUUUAUUCACUCAUCAUGUGAAUGGCUCCAGGGCUGCUCUGCACCUGACCACUGGGCUGCAUCCCCAGCCCUAUUUUUUAUUUUGAAACAAGGUCUUGUUAAAUUGCCCAGGCUGGGUUCAAAUUUGCAAUCCUCGUGCAUCAGCCUCCCAGGGUCUGGGAUUACAGGUGUGUGCCACUGCCCCCUACCCCUGGUCCUGUCCUUUCUAAGUUCCACCACUUCUCAAGAGGCCAUGGUUUGGAGACCAAGUGUUAAACCAACAAGCCCUUGGGGACACUUAUCCAAACCAUAACAGCGGAGAAGACAACUCGAGGCCCAGGUUGUAGACAUGCAAAGGCCCUAGGGUUCGAAGGCCAUAGAGGAGGAGGGAAGGAUGCUGAUGCCACACAGGGCGGAGGCUUCUGUUAGGGAGCAGAGGUGGAGGUAGGUGGAUGGGCCCCAGGGAUGUCCCAGCAGGGACACGGGUGGGCUGUGGUGAUGAAAAGGGUUUGGCUGUGGCACUGGAGAGGGGUUUAUGUAUGACAGACCUGGGGCACCCAUUUGGGGCCUGUUGAUUGGAGACCCUGGGGCUCAUCCUGUAGCUCAGGGGGCCCUUUUGCACAAGUUGGUGGUACAGUUUAACUUGCUGUCUCCUCCCUCCCCCUCUCCCUCCCCUUUCCUUCCUUCCUUUUUUUCUUUCUUCCUUUCUUUCUUUCUUUCUUUCUUUCUUUCUUUCUUUCUUUCUUCCUUUCUUCCUUCCUUUCUUUCUUUCUGUUUCUCCCUCGCUAGACCCAGGGUGGAGCCAAGGCCAUCCCCAGCCCUGUUUCUAUGUCUUAUUUUGAGGCAGGAUCCCACUAAGCCACUCAGUUGCCCAGGCUGGGCUCAAACUUGCGAUCCUCCUGCCUCAGCCUCCCGUAGUAGUGGGAUCACAGGUGUGCACCACUGUAUACAACUCAGUGCGGCUGUUUUUAAGGAAUAUGUAUACUGAGGAGGGAGAUUGGGGGACCUGGAGGUCCCUGAGGAGUGGUGAACGGGUCCCUCCCUGGAGCAGUGGUGGCUCUCAGGCAGGAGGGGACAGUGCGCUGCCAUCCUGGCCCAUGGGAGGGAGACCGGGGCUGGGGGAGCAGGGAGGAGGCUGUGUCUCUGGGGCUUGCUGUGGGCGGAGCCUGAGGAGGUCCGAGCCUGGCAGCCAGGAGGGAUCGAAGGUGAGCAGAGGGGUGGCUAUCAUGUCUCCUUGGGCUCCCUGUGUCCACUGGUAUCUGCUGGACCCAGGGCUGCACUGUGGCUGCGGCAUGUGCCUCUGCCCUGCAGUCUUCUCUUACUUACCCUUUUAUCUCGCCUCACACCCUCGGCAUUUCCGGCCCUGUGUCACCAGGCCUGGGGAGAGGCAGCCAAGGGUCUUGCGUCCACAGGCUCUGCCCCCUCCUACCUCGACUCUUCCAUGGAGCACACCUGUAAUCCUGGCACUCUGGGAGGCUGAAGCAGGAGGGUUCAAACAUAAGAAAAGCCGGGGACACAGCUCAGUGGGAAAGCGUUGGAUUCCAUGCUGAGUACGCAAGACUAAAGAAUCAGGGCCCCGGGCCCAGGCCUCCUUCCCUCCUGCUUUGGCCUCCUGGCCUCCCAUAGAGCCCUGUGUGAGCAUCCUCCCUCCAACCCUCCACCCCAGCAGGUCUGAGGUCUGAGCUCUGAGCUCUUCCCUGGGUGGGGUCCUCACCUCAGAGGGAAGGAGGAGGCGGAGGAGACCAGAGCCACCCAGAGCAACAGGCAGGAUCGAGUCGGUGGUGCUGGUGGCAUUCGGGACAGGAGCCGGGUCGCACUCCAUGUCUCUCCAUGACCUUCCCGUGGUGUAUGUGUGCGGGGCCCUGCAGGCCAGUACUGCACCCUCCCAGACCUCCACCUAGGAAACACGUGUGCUGCUUCCUUACCUCUGUCAUUCUUCCUCUGGUCGGGAGGGGCCAUUUGAAUGAAACCCAGGGUCUUUGCACUGAGGCACUGAGCUACACCCCCAGUUCUUGUUUUUGCUUUUGUUUCUGUGGAGGGAGACAGGGACUUCUUAAAAUGCUAAGUGACCCAAGUUCGCCCAAACUGGAAAUCCUCCUGCCUCAGCCUCCCAGAGUAUUGGGAUUAGGGCCUCUGCACCCCCGCUGGUGGUUGUCUCUCUGAGAGUGGGAUUCCUCUGGAGGUGCCCUCCCUCUUCAGCCCUGACCCAGUUGUUAGGGACCCUGAGCAGGCACCCCGAGGGGGUAGGGCAGUUGCUAAUGGGUGUCCUGGUUCUGCCCAGAGCAGACCCACAGUCCUUCUGCCUGGCAGGCAGCUGUCAGCUGGGAGCAGAGCGGAAGCCAUGCGGCUGCGGGCGGCAGAGGCCAGGCUGGAAAGAGGAAGCCGGGCUGAGUGGGUCUGGGAAGGGGGGCAGGACGAGGGUGGGGAGGAAGUCGCCCUCCCGAGGGUCCAGGUGUCCUGGGGAGGUGAGGGUAGCUGGAGAGGAGCUCAGGGGCUGAGUGUGUGGAGGGCAGCUGGGCUUGGCCUGGGGCCUUACACCCCUGCGAUGCUUGUGAUCUUGCUGCCACCCUGUCCCCAUGAAGGCUGCGCUGGCCUCGGGGACGCUGCAGUGGGGAGGGAGCCGGGUUGGGGCCAGGCCUUGUCCCUGGCCUCCCCACCCCGCAGGACGGUUCCAGGCUCAGUCACUGCAGUCAGGCUCUGUGCGGCAGUAUGGUGCACUAUGGGCUUCUGCCCUGCCCAAGACCUGCGUGCUGUGUGACCCAAGCAGCGACAUGACGUCUCUGGCCCCAGUCCCCCUCCCCCUGGCUGCUGUCCUGGAGUCCUGUCCAGGCUGCUGGAGGCCCCGGGAGCCCAGGAGUAGCCGGGGCCGGGCCCUGUGGCUGGGCUCCUGCCAAGCCCGAGGCUUCCUGUACCCGGGCCAAGCCCUGUUGUACCCUGAGCUCGCUAUCAGGAGCUGCCUAGCUUGGACACACACUCUAGUUCUGUUAUUCCAUGUCUGAGUUUUGAUUAACAUAUCACUUUGUUUUAUUUUACUUUUUUGGGGUAUGGUCUUGCUGGACAGUUCGGGCUGGCCUUGAACUCACUAUGUGGCUCAGGCUAGCCUCAAACUGGCAGUGAUCCUCCUGCCUCAGCCUCUCGGGUGCUGGGAUUAUAGGCACGCAUGUGACACUCGGUGUGAAUCACAUGUCUUCACUGGGUGUGUCCAUAGGGCUCAGUGUGCUAUUUCAAUAAAUGCCAGUCAAAUCCAGCCUCCCUUCCCUGCCUCUUUUAAUAACUACUCUAUAUCUGGGUCACUUCUUCACAGGAUAAGGGGGCAGAAAACCUGUCAGUGUCUGGCUGAUUUCACUUUCUGAAGUGACCUAUAGUACUAUCCAUUUUGCUGUAAUGAUGGCUUGCAGGCCUCUUCCUGGCUAGGUAGUACUCUAUAGUCACUCCUCUUCCUGGCUGAGUAGUACUCCGUUGUAUUUACACACCUCAUUUUCUUUUAUUAUUUUUUUUUUAUACCUCAUUUUCUUUAUCCACACACUCGGCCACUGAACUUGGUUCCACACCUCAGCCAUUGUGAACAGAUCUGUGCUCCUUGUACCUCAAACUAUUGGUGAUGGGCCUAGCAUGGAGAUCCUCCUCCCUUCCUACUCUGACCUGUACCCCUGGAGCCCUAGCUGCUGCCAGUUAUGGGACAACAAACUGCCCUCGCCAGGGAUGACUUUCAGGCCUCUGCUGAAAAAUGAGAAAAGGAAGAGUUUGCUCAAAGGGUUUCAGAGGGGCUCCAGGGCCUAGAGCAGUGCAUGGGUGCUGCUUCCUGGCUGCUCUCUGCACCCCAUGCUGUACCUGCUCUGUUCUCCACUGCUGUUCUCUCUCAGCCUGGGCUGCCAGGGGACUCCGCUGCCCCUUCUCCAAUGCCAGCUCUGGCCCUCUGGGGUCCCCCUUCCCUCCCUUCUGCUCCCUUCCUUUCUCUGUUCUUCUUGCUCUGAGGCUCUCUGAGCUCCUGUGGGACCCCCCCACGGGCCUUUCCUGAGCUGUACAUGGCUCUGGGGACCCUGUCAUCCACGAGAGGCCAGACGGAUCCAGGGAAGCACUGCUGCGGUCACCUGAAGACUCCGUCGUGCACACGUGGCUGUUUGGGGGGCUGCUGGACCUUCUCCUUCUCCAGGGAACAAGCACUGGGGCAUUUGGAAGGCACAGGCCAGCUAUAGAGGAUUCACAUGGGAUUCAUCUGAGCACGAAUGUGGGAAGGGAUGCAGCCUGGGACCCCAGGCAUAGCGACGCUUUGAGCAAGGCCUGGUGACAGGCAGGGGCUGUCCCCUACUGACUGGCCCUGCCAGCCAGGCAUCAAGAUGCUGAGUCUGAAGCUCCCCAGGCUGUUCAACAUAGACGAGGUGCCCCAGGUGUUCCAUGAGCGGGGCAUCCUCUUUGGCUACCGGCAUCCACAAAGCUCUGCCGCUGCCUGUCUGCUCAGCCUGUUCCAGCUGACCAAUGAGACCCUCAACAUCUGGACCCACUUGCUGCCCUUUUGGUAUCUUCCUGCCCCCUUGACCAUUUGGGACCCCAGGGACCACGGGUUCUUUGCGUGGAGGUUUGUGACUGUGCUGUGCAUGACAGACAUCUGGAAUGACAGCUACUCAUGGCCCAUGCUUGUGUACAUGUGCACCAGUUGUGUGUACCCCCUGGCAUCCAGCUGCGCGCACACCUUCAGCUCCAUGUCCAAGAAUGCCCGGCACAUCUGCUACUUCCUGGACUAUGGUGCCGUCAAUCUCUUCAGCCUGGGCUCGGCCAUUGCCUACUCCGCGUACACCUUCCCGGACGUGCUGGUGCGCUCGGCCUUCCGGGACUACUACGUGGCCCUGGCCGUGUUCAACACUAGCCUCAGCACUGGCCUCUCCUGCUAUUCCAGGUUCCUUGAAGUCCACAAGCCUAGGCUUUCCAAGGUGCUGCGUAUCCUGGCCUUCGCCUACCCCUACCUCUGGGACUCUCUCCCCAUCUUCUACAGGCUCUUCCUGUUCCCGGGGGUCAGCGCCCAGAAUGAGGCCGUCCUGCACCACCAGAGGCACAUGGCCAUGACCCUACUGGCCACUCUGCUGUAUUCCACACACCUGCCCGAGCGCCUGGCCCCAGGUCGCUUUGACUACAUCGGUCACAGCCACCAGCUGUUCCACGUGUGCGUGAUCGUGGCCACGCACAUGCAGACGGAGGCCAUCCUGCUGGACAAGGCGCUGAGGAGGGAGUGGCUGCUCGCCGUGUCACAGCCCCUGUCCUUCCCACAGAUAGCGGCCGCCCUGCUCCUGUGCUUGCUCUUCAGCCUGGCCAAUAUCAUUUACUUCUCAGCUGCUCUAUAUCGGACUUCCGACGCAGAGUUACGCAAAAGGGAAACGUGAAACGUGAGCCAGGCCAGAGGCUCCCGGGCCGAUGGCACUGCUUGGCAGCGCCCCCCAGAGGCUGGGGGGCUGGAGGCGUGGUCCUGGUUUGCAGAGGCUGCGAGCUCCCGACUACUCUAGGGUGCUUUCGACUGUGUUCAUGUCGGAAGGUGUUUAACACGAUUUCUCUACAUGAGUCCUGAUUUAGGAUGUGUGAUUUUAAAAUGGGCCUGAGUAAGUCCUUCUUUGCUCUCUUUAACGUGGUACUGAGAACUGAACCCAGGGCCUUGGUACUGUGCUAUAUCCUGGUCUUUUUUUUUUUUUUUUUUUUUUUGUCUUUUUCCUUUUUAUCGGUACCGGGGAUAGAACUCACGACUGCCUGCUUGCAAGGCAGGCACUUAUGCCGCUGAGCUAAAUCCCCAGCCCCAUCCUGGUCUUCUUUAAACUUUUGUUGUUGUUGUUGUUUUCAAACAGGAGCUCGCUAAAUUGCCCAGGCUAGAUUUGAACUUGCGAUCCUCCUGCCUCAGCUUCCCAGAAUCCUGGGGUUACAGGCAUGCAGUGCUACCCCUGGCUGUCUUACUCUUUAUAAACUGAAGUUCAUUUGGUGAAUUUCAUGUCAGGAAGCUUCUCCCAAGGCCUCCAGAGUAGCCUGACAGCUCCUUUGGGAGAAUGAGCAGGAACGGUCCCUAGGAGGACCUGGGGAAGAGGAAGGAGAGUGAGUGGCAGUCUUGGGGACUGGGGAAACAUUCAGAAUUCAGAGAUGCCACCUGGGGGAAGAAUGAGCUGGAGCAGAAGCCUCUUCCCAUAAGUCUCCUCUGCCUUCAGAGUGCAAGCUUCUAUAUCCUUUGGUGAUUUGGUGAUUCUCCUGCCUCAGCCUCCUGAGUGCUGGGAACUGCUUUGUUUAAAUCCACAGCCUGUGGCUGGGUGUUAUGUCCUAUCAUGCCCUGUCCUCGUGGUGCCCAUUUGAGCACCAAGUAUCAUGAAGUAAAGUGAGUCAGGCUGUGGAGGUGGAGCGAAUUCCAACUGGUUAAUCCCUUGUCAGUGGAGGGCUGCAUUUGGGGGUACAACACAUUUGCUGUUGCUUGGCCUUGCAAAUGCACUGCUGACUUUACGAUUCCCAUGUGGAGGAUGCCAAAGACCUUGCCUCAAGCCUUAUUGUGAGUCAGAAGCGCCAGGUACAGCUUGUGACAAAUGCAGAUUCUCAGGUGGCUUAAGGGACCCUCUUCACUGGUUAGAUGUGCCCCUCUGAUUGUUCCAGUGCAGAGGGACCCUGGGCCUCACCUGAAGUUGUGCUUGCUGGUGCCUUCCAGAAGAGAUGGGCUCCAUCAGCUGUGCCUUGGUGGAUGCCUGUUGCAGCCACUGGGCUCCUCAGCGUGUAUCUCCUGCUUUUUUCUCCACUGAAAUGGAGCUGCGUGGGUCAAACUGCCAAAAAGAAGGAAUAAAUAAAGCUGAGGGGAUUGCAGAGGUGGGGGUCUCAUGUAUGUGAGUCUGAUACCCAGAGCUCUCACAAAACGCUCUGGCAGAACCACAACCAGGCACAGACCAGUACUUCUGUGAGGAUGGCCGAGCAGCCGUCUCUAUGAUAGACAGAAACUGCUGUCCUGUUUUGAAAACACGGCGUAGGCUGCUCUUCCUCUGGCCUGACCUCGUGGGGCAUGCACCUAAAGAAUCACAGCUCUGGUAUCUCCAGAGCCACACCUGUCCCCAAAUAAACCCCUCCUCUUUGGAGAAUCUAUUGUCGAAGUUGGCAGUGUUGAAACACAGCACGCUCUUGCUGGCUGCCUGACUCAUUAAAGUUCAGUAUUUUAGGGUGUUCUCUGGGUGUGCAGAAAUGCUCCCAUACCCGACUGUACACCCCUCCAACUCCUGAUCUGCACCCCAGCCUGUCUCAGCCUCUUGCUUCUACGACAGGACUCCCCAGAAUGGCUCAUGGGCUACCCUCGAAGGACAACUCAACAGUGCAUGUUGGGUGACAGUGGCUGAGAAAUAUGACUCCAUCAUUUGAGUGUGUGGUUACCUCCAGGAGGGAAGGGCCAGCUGAUGCAAUUAUACGGGCUGGUAAACUUGGGAUGCAUUAAUUGCAAGCUGUAGGAUGAAUGUUGCUUCUGGGCAAUAAUCUGAUGCCGCUAGCAGACUGCUGUAUCAGCGGGGUCUGUAGGCUUCUGUUGCUUCUCACUAUGAUUCCAGUAUUUUUUCUUCCAGCUUUUUUUGGGGUACCAGGGAUCAAAUUCACAACAUUGCGCUUGCCAGGCAGGUGCUUACACAACUGAGCUAAAUCCCCAGCCCCAGUAUUUUUUCUUUUCAGACAGGGUCUUGCUACAUCAGCCAGGUUGGGCUUAAACUCAUGAAGAUCCUCCUGCCUCAGCCUUUGGAGUGCUGGGAUUAUGGGCCUGUAGUACCACACCUGGUUUAUAACUCUAAUUUUAUAGAGACAAAAGGUAUAAAGUUUAAGCACCCUUUUCUAAUAAUGCCAAAGACAAAGUGUUUCAAAUUUUCAUUUAUUAGGAACAAAAUGUUUUCGGUUUGGUUUAGAAAUAGCUGGAAGAUUGGAGUGACCACUGUGAAGGGCUUUUAGACUCUUGAAUCUUUACUACUUUUUCACCAGGCUUGAUGAUAAGAAUAAAACACUUUCAACUGAAUAAGAUCAAGUGUUUCACAAUGUUUUCUUAAAUUUGGUCAACUUUAAUAGUUGUAUGCUUUUGGACAAUGUUAUCAGUUACAGGUUUUUUGGGUUUUUUUUUUUUUUUUUGAGACAGGAUCUUACUAUGUAGUUUAGGCUGGCCUCAAACUCAUGGGUGAUCCUUCUGCCUCAGCUUCCCAAGCACAAAUGCUGAGGUUACAGGUGUGUGCCACCAAGCACUCCCCGCUGCAAUUUUAUAAUGGUUUUGUGGAGCACCGAUUGUAAAGGGUCUAAUGUGGAACAGAAUGGGUUCACAGACACUAAUCAUCAUUAAGUAAUAGGCAUUAGAUGUUUAUAGCCACACAGUUUGUAAUAGCUAGAUCUUGGAAACAACCUAAAUGCCCAUCACCUGAGGAAUGGAUAAAAAAGAUAUGGUAUUUUUAUACAAUGGAGUAUUACUCAGCCAUAAAGAAGGAUAAACUGGGGAUUUUUAUAGGUAAAUGGAUGCAAUUAGGGACCAUACUCAUACGUGAAAUAAACCAGACUUGUAUGUGUAAA